AAAGAGGCAGGUCGGCUCUUGGCAAGACCGUCGCUGCGGAAAACCGAACUUUUUUGCUGCCAGCAGCUCUCCAGCUUCCCCAUCCUUCACGGCUCUUUUCGACCUCCCCCCCAGUCUAAGAGCAGGCCGGCCAAUACUUCCCAGGCGUUGCCAUCAGCUAGACAGGGUCGCACUGCUCCCUUUUUGGCCUUGCUAUCUGGUCAAUCUCUCGUUCCUGCGUGUGUCCUCGCGUCGAUCCGAGGAUCUCAAUCCCUUCACCACCGACACAUCACAUCUUCUCUAAUCACACAUCAUGGCGGACGCUUCAUCGCCAUUGUCCUUCCUCACGGACAAUACGGUUGCUGCCACCAUUCAAGAUGCAUACAGGGCGUUCUCAGAGCGCCGGGCGGCUCUCGGACUGUCCAACCCAGGAACGGUGGAUAACAUCGCCAGAGAGGUGCAGAAGGAAGUUCUGCUGUCCAAUUACAUAUUUACGGGUCUCCGCGCGGAUUUGACCAAGGUCUUCUGCAUGGCGCCUUUGUUCCGUGUAUCCCAUGCCUUUGCUAUGGGAUCGCAGGGCAAUAUGCCCCCGUACGCAUUCUCUGCCAUGUACGGAAGCCCCAAGGUUUUCAUGCAAGGCAACAUUGGAAGUGAUGGCGCCCUCGCCGCGGUAGGAAACUACCGCUGGAACAGCGCCCUGGUCACCAAGACCAAUGCUCAGAUCAUGGCCGGUGCACAACAAGGUCUCCUCCAGGUCGAUCACGACUACACCGGAUCCGACUUCUCCGCGUCUCUCAAGGCCUUCAACCCGUCCAUCCUGGAAGGUGGCCUUACGGGAAUUUUCGUCGGAAGCUACCUCCAGUCCAUUACCCCCAGUCUCGCUCUUGGUUUCGAGACUAUGUGGCAGAGACAGGGUCUUAACACUCGUCCAGAGGCUGCUUUCUCUUACUGCGCGAAGUACAAGGGUCAGGACUGGAUCGCGACUGCACAGUUGCAGGCCCAGGGUGUUAUUGCCGCGUCCUACUGGAAGAAGCUGUCGGAGAGAGUCGAGGCCGGUGUUGAUAUGAACCUGCAGUUCGCGCCUAGCGCUGCUGCUGCCCUGAUGGGUGGUCCUCGCCGGGACGGCACGGCCACCAUUGGUGCCAAAUACGAUUUCCGUGCCUCUACCUUCCGUGCCCAGAUUGACAGCACCGGAAAGCUGAGCUGCCUGCUCGAGAAGCGGAUAGCGAUGCCCAUCUCUCUGACAUUUGCUGGAGAGAUUGACCAGGUUAAGCAACAAGCUAAGCUCGGUCUCGCCGUUUCGCUCGAGAUUGCUGGAGAGGAGUUGAUGGAGCAGCAGGAUAAGCUGGAGGCUCAGGCUCAGAACGCCAUCCCGCCGCCCUUCUAGAGGAUGGCCUCUAGAUACCUGAUUCGGUAGCAGAGAAUAUCCCCCGCGACCGGGAUGUUUCUGCCCACUCUACUUUUCCUGUGACGACUCUUUCACACUCUGUUUUAGUACCUCUUCACUCUCCUGCAUGUGUCUUUGGAAGCACGAAACGCAGCUUCUUCGGCUGGUCUCUUUGAAUGAGGUUUGCUGGUGCACCAUGCGGUCAUCUGGCGCCAUGGAACCGUCUCUUGUAUAGACAUGUUUGUGCUUUGCGUUGUUAAUUCCUCCCCCUAUUUUUUGAAUUCCCUUACUUUCUCGACGGCCGUGGAAUGUCAUCAUGUCCUCAAGUUUUCCUAUCUGUUCUCGUCUGAUGGAUGGGGUUGGCCUGGCGGGAUGCAUGGAGGGAUUCCACCGAGCUGUUUAUUGGCAUCAUAGAUGGGGCAAUGUAAAAUAAAUCCUCCGUAGUACGAGAAAAGUGACUGAGUCCACGAAGAUGAUUUAAGC